ACCUCCCAGCCCCAGGUCCCUGCCAGACUUGAAUCAUUGCGCCCUCGCGCUCAAUCACUCGGCGAUCAUGGCGGACAGCGCGAGCGAGAGCGAUACGGACGGGGCCGGGAGCAGCACGGCCGUCCCGCAGUGCUCGUCCUCGUCAGCCUCCGGCAAGCCGGGCAUCGUCAUCUCGCCAUUUCGCCUGGAGGAGCUGACCAACCGGCUGGCCUCGCUGCAGCAGGAGAACAAGGUGCUGAAGAUCGAGCUGGAGACGUUCAAGCUGAAGUGCAAGGCGCUGCAGGAGGAGAACCGGGACCUGCGGAAGGCCAGCGUCACCAUUCAAGCGCGGGCAGAACAAGAAGAGGAAUUCAUCAGCAACACCCUGUUUAAGAAGAUCCAGGCUCUACAGAAAGAGAAGGAAACUCUCGCCGUCAACUAUGAGAAGGAGGAGGAGUUCCUCACCAACGAGCUGUCCCGAAAGCUCAUGCAAUUGCAACAUGAGAAAGCGGAGCUGGAGCAGCACCUGGAGCAAGAGCAGGAGUUCCAGGUGAACAAGCUGAUGAAGAAGAUUAAAAAGCUGGAGAACGACACCAUCUCCAAGCAGCUGACGCUGGAGCAGCUCAGGCGCGAGAAGAUCGACCUGGAGAACACCUUGGAGCAGGAACAGGAGGCUCUCGUCAACCGGCUCUGGAAGAGGAUGGACAAGCUGGAAGCCGAGAAGAGGAUCCUGCAGGAGAAACUGGACCAGCCUGUGUCCGCCCCGCCAUCCCCGAGGGACAUAUCCAUGGAGAUCGACUCCCCGGAAAACAUGAUGCGGCACAUCCGGUUCCUGAAGAACGAGGUGGAAAGGCUGAAGAAGAACCUGCGCACUGCCGAACUGCAGCACACGGAGAAGCGGGCCCAGUACAUUGAAGAGGAGCGGCACAUGCGCGAGGAGAACAUCCGUCUGCAGAGGAAGCUGCAGCGGGAAAUGGAGCGGCGUGAGGCGCUGUGCCGGCAGCUUUCCGAGAGCGAGUCCAGCCUGGAGAUGGACGACGAGAGGUACUUCAAUGAGAUGUCUGCACAAGGUCUCCGUCCACGGACGGUGUCAAGUCCAAUCCCAUACACGCCCUCUCCAAGUUCAAGCCGGCCCAUAUCGCCAGGACUGUCGUAUGCACCUCACACGGUCGGCUUCACUCCCCCGGCCACCCUGACGAGAGCUGGCAUGCCUUAUUACAACCCACCUGGUCUCCACGUGCACGUGGGCUCCUCGCACGGUGUGGCGAGGCCGUCUCCAAGGAGGAGCAACAGCCCCGAUAAGUUCAAGCGUCCCACCCCUCCACCCUCCCCCAACACGCAGCCUGGGACUCAGCCGCCGCCCCCCCCGCCGCCGCCGGCGCAGCCUGCACCCAACCAGCCCCACAUGUCCCAGGGGGUUGCCACUUCACAGUCUCCGUUGCAGCAGUAGUGCAUGGGCUCUGCAGCUUCAGCCAGAGUGGACUUGACAGAGCGCGUUACUAAAAGCCAAAGGCUUACCUUACAAGUAUGGAGUUGACUUACUUGCACUGAGAUUACAUAAGUUUCACUGUUAACUGUGUUGUAAAUGUUUGUUUAGAAUGCAGCCAGUGUUGUGGCAGUACAACACUAAACCUAACAACAUUCUUGUCAGUGCUUACUGGAACAACGCGUGUUUGGUAUAUAUAUAAAAAUAUAUAAAUAUAAUUAUUAUUAUUAUUAUUAUUAUUAUUUUCCCCCUCGGUCUGAAACAUUUCCUGCUCGGUCUACAAUAUGGUAUUGCAAUGAAAAGUUCUAACGCUGAAUCUCAAUGGCUUUUAAGUUUCAUUUGAGGGGAAAAAGGGAACCUAUAUCUUUCUUCAGCUUGGCUUGACGGCGGAAGCGGUGAAGCAUCUGUGUGAAGGACUUGUAAGGUUAUUUCGGAUUUUCCCGAGCACUGUUGCCAUUGGCAGUGGCGCUACAUGCACAAAGGUACUGAGAACACUGACUAUAAGCAGUGAUUAAAAUGUACAAUCGCUUCCUGUCCGAGGCUUGGGCUGAAGUGUGAGUUUGGCAUUUGCUUGGCAUUUCCUGUUGGAGAAACAUACCGCCGUUCUCUGUACAAAUAUGCCACAAAAUUCAGAUCAAGUGAAAGGUACUGAAGCUUUUUUUUUUUUCGGGGGGGAGGAGUAACGUACAUAAUUGAUUUCUGUUGUGUGUUUUAAUUGAGGAAUCUUCCAGAACAAUGCAGGUGAUUAUAGAGAGCUAGUCCUCCAGUGGGUUUCGAUGUCUGGAAAGGGGAUGCUGUCGUUUGUGUAGGAUUGUCUUCAUGGAUCAGAAUCACACUCUGAAUGGACGAGCACACUUAUGCUUUGUCUCAGAAUUUAAACCAGUUCGGCAUUGCGGAAACAUGAAUGCUUCAUACUUCCUGCAGGAAAUACGACGUGCAUCGCUCAGGCUGUGCUGAUUAUGUGGAGAGACAGUCAUGAUUAGUUUAUGCUGCUUGCAGGGUUUUAGAGUUUCUCUGCUUGACUUGCUGCCCAUUACACACAAACCUAUCUGAAUCCGUUUCACCUAAAAGCAAAGUAUAUACCAUAUAUGUUAAAAAAAUAUAUAUUUGAAACCAAAUUUCUCAUCACAGGUAUGCCAUAUGCAGUGUCGACUACCACCACUGUGAUUUUGCAGAAUAUUUACAGCAUAGCAACAUCCACAUCUAAAAAUACUGCUGCAGUGUAUAGACCUAUUUGCAAUAAUGGCAUGAGAGAACAUUCUAUGUUAGGGCAAGUGUAUUUUUUUUGUAAGAUAUGCAGAAUUUGUGAAGGUGUCAUUUUAAAGUGUUUGAAAUCUCAGCUGUAGUUAGUACUUGUGAAUGGAUAGUCUUAAGACUCGCUUCCCUCUUUCAUGUUGAUGGCCGACCUCGGCCUCUUGUGUUGUGAGUUUAUUUGGGGUGGGGGGGGGUGGUUCUCUUGCUUCCUCUUCACCUUUUAAAAGCUCGGAAAAAAAAAUCAAGCACUUGCACCGAUUCAUGUUGAAUUACAGCUACACGAUUUAGGCAAAAACAAAGGUAGUUCUUAAGCCAUUCAGGCACAGAUAUUUGGCAAUCUCUGGAUUUGUCAUUUUCCUGCAAUGUGCCUCUUGAAAUAAAGUUCUGAGGUUCAAGUACCCAGCUCCCCAGUUGCACCUCGUUGUGAUCCC